AUGGCCUGGGAGUUCCUCGCACCGAUCCUUACACCGACGGCCCUGCGCUCCGUCCAGGCAGAUGCUCGACCGCUGCUCACCCUACUCCUUGUCAUUAUCGGCCUGUCUUCAUUCGUCGGCGUAUGUUUCUACAUCAGCUUCGUUACUGGGAAAGCGUACCCCAAGAAGAAAGUAGAGAAGAAGGGUGGCUUCCUGGGUUUCGGCAAGAAAGCGCUGCGUGGUUUUGCAAGAAUGACGAGCAUCUGA